CAUAGCACACACGAUACCCAAAGCUCAUAACUUCAUAAAAUCUCCUCUCUCUCUCUCUCUCUCUCUCUCUUUGAAAGCCAUGGCAGACGAUAUGGGUUCUGAUACUACAUGCGUCGGCAGCAAGCGAAGCGUGGAAGAGAUCGAAGAGACUCAAACUGGGUCUCCAAUUCCAGAGCAAGAUAGCCACCACGCAAACUCGUCUGACAUCGUUUCGCCUCUGAAACAAGACCACGAAUUCAUCCCCAAGACCCCGCCUUUCCUCGUCCCUGAGUCCUCCAAGAAGGUCAAGUCUUCACCUGACUACGCCCAAGAUAUGCCCGCUUCUGGGUUUUCUGUUUCUGAUUCUGUGGGAAAUGAAGUGGGUCUCUCUGGAAUUCAAGAAAGCAAGAACGAAGGCUUGGCUGCUGCUGAGAAUCUCUUGGAUGUGAAAAAGAAGCAAUUGUUGGAGGAGGUUGAAGCCAAUCUUGUGCCUGCAGAGAAAAAGGUCUCUUCUUUGAGAGUUGAAAUAAUUGAUGAAACUGCAUUGAUUGAAACCUUCAAGCCAAUGGGUUUUCUGGGUCAUGCUAAAUCUGGUGCACAGAGGAAUGCAAAGCAAGAAGUUAAUGGAAAGAAGGCAAGAAACCAACGAAGGAAAGAGAAGCUGGCAAAUAGGUUCAAGCCUGAGAAUACCAUCCAUGUGGCUCAACCUCCUCACAGCUCAGGAGCCAAGAAGAUCACUUACUCGAGGAUGGAGUUGGAGGCCAUGCGGUUUGUGAACCUUGCAGAACAGAGGAAGCUGUGGGAACAUGUGUACAAUGGGCUUGGGCCAGUGGUGGCAAGGGAGUAUGAUGAUCUGGCGGUCUCUAAGCAUCAGAAGAACAUCCAGUUCAACUCUGAUCAUCGUAAGCGCUAUGGGAAGAUGGACCAGGCACCUGGCAUUCUUGGGGAAUCAUUAGGAAACUCGGUGAAUAAUGAAACCCAAGAUGUCAGUCUCCUGGACCCUGUUUGCAGUUAUAAUGUUACUAAUGAAGAUGGGUAUCCAUUUCCAGAAAAAGAGUGCAGCGAAGAUGAUGACAGUGAUGAAGAGUAUGCUAGCAUUCAGAGGCCUGCCUUUUUGGUUGAAGGAGAACCCAAUUUUGAUUCUGGGUCACCAGAAGAUGGAUUUGAGUACCUUAGGCGUGUCAGGUGGGAAGCUGCUCAAAUUCCAAAAGUGAGGGUAGCCAAGGUUGAUAGAAGCAAAUUUAACAGAGAACAGAGUGAUUAUAUGCCCAAAAUUCCUGAGAUUGCUAAAUGUCCAGAACAAUUGCUGUCGCUGAAACAAUGGGAGGAGGCUUUUCUUGCCGAUUUUUCAGAUCUAAGGCUGGAUCUGUCUCGUUUUGAGGGUUCUGGUGCCAACACAUCUCAAGAUUUGCAAUCAAAAGUUAUUCUUCACAAGAAUUGCUCCUCCCAUCAGCCACCGGUCAAUAUUGUUUUUGAAAAUUUUGCUCAUGUCAAAUCUACGGAAAUUGACUGCACGGAAAACUCCGAUUAUCAGCCAUCCUUGUUGACUGCUGAAGGUGGUAGUGCCUCACCCCCUGUGGAAAACUUCAGUCCUAAAGCUUCUGUGGAUCAUAGUUCCAGAGACUCCCCGUUGUUGUCUGUGAUUUUUAGAUUGGACUCUGUUGCUAGAGUAUCUAUGUUGAGAAAACGCAUAAAGGCAGCAGAGGACACCAGCACACUGUCAAGGGAUGAUUGCCUGUGGCUAUUUGCGCUGUGUGCAGUUGUUGAUACUCCACUGGAUGCUGACACCAGUGCUUCUGUGCGGAGUCUGCUAAGGAAGUGUGCUGCAUUGCGAGCUACAAAAUCUACAGUUGACGAUGAGUUAAUAAUGUUGAAUAUUCUUGCCACAAUAUCAGGUAGAUAUUUCGGGCAGUCAGAAAACUGAAGCUUUCCUUAUUUUCUACGUCUCCCCUUGAUGAUGAAAGGGAGACUACGUAGUGAAGAGCUGCACUGUAAUUUAUGAAGAGGUGUUAAUCCGUUUUUGGUUUCAAUAACCGGAGGAAUUCAUUAUUAUCAUUCGCAUACUUGUUUGUGGUGCCAUUCGUCCCCUUUCGCAAACUAGGCUUGGUAUGUGUAUCUGCCUGCAUCCGGUAUCAAUCAGUUUGGAACUUGUAUUAGCAUUCCAGCAGUUUUGUAGAUAAUGGUCAUCAUGGUGCUAUAUAUAUAUAUAUUUUAUGUUGUGCCUCGAAUAA